AGUCCGGGUCUUGGCGGGCCCCCUCCUCCCUCCCGCUCCCCGCGCUCUCGCCUUUUAAUCAUGCCCCUCUGUCUGUGUGUGAGUGCAGGCAGGCUGACAAUGAUUUCCUCAGUGAUUACGUACAGAGCGAGUCCCUGCGGGUUAGGGGCCCCCUCUGGAGCCAUCCUGAUGGCUUUGGGGGCCUUGCUUCCAUUUUCCAUUAUUAUGUGGACUACCGGAGCGACAGCGCAGUCCAAGACCUUGCAGGAUGUCUCGCCGCAAGCAAGCGAAACCGAGAUCCCUCAAAGACCCCAACUGUAAACUUGAAGACAAGACUGAAGAUGGAGAGGCGCUAGAUUGUAAGAAGAGGCCGGAAGACGGGGAGGAGUUGGAAGACGAAGCUGUGCACAGCUGUGACAGCUGCCUCCAGGUGUUUGAAUCGCUGAGCGAUAUCACAGAACACAAGAUUAAUCAAUGUCAACUGACAGAUGGAGUGGAUGUUGAAGAUGAUCCGACUUGCUCUUGGCCAGCUUCCUCACCUUCCAGCAAGGAUCAGACUUCCCCUAGCCAUGGAGAAGGUUGCGAUUUUGGAGAGGAAGAAGGUGGCCCUGGGCUUCCAUACCCAUGUCAAUUCUGUGACAAGUCGUUUAGCCGCCUCAGCUACCUAAAGCACCAUGAGCAGAGUCACAGCGACAAACUGCCUUUCAAAUGCACCUACUGCAGUAGGCUGUUCAAACACAAGCGCAGCCGAGAUCGCCACAUAAAACUCCACACCGGGGACAAGAAGUACCACUGCAGUGAAUGUGAUGCUGCGUUUUCCAGAAGUGAUCACUUGAAGAUCCACUUAAAGACUCACACUUCCAACAAGCCAUAUAAAUGUGCCAUUUGUCGCCGUGGGUUUCUGUCCUCUAGUUCCUUACACGGACACAUGCAGGUUCACGAGAGGAACAAGGACGGCUCCCAGUCUGGUUCCAGGAUGGAGGACUGGAAGAUGAAGGACACUCAGAAGUGCAGUCAGUGUGAGGAAGGCUUUGACUUCCCAGAAGACCUCCAAAAACACAUUGCAGAGUGCCACCCCGAAUGCUCCCCAAACGAGGACCGAGCGGCCCUCCAGUGUGUCUACUGCCACGAGCUCUUCGUAGAGGAGACCUCCCUCAUGAACCACAUGGAGCAGGUGCAUGGCGGGGAGAAGAAGAACUCAUGCAGCAUUUGUUCUGAGAGUUUCCACACAGUUGAGGAACUGUACAGCCACAUGGACAGUCACCAGCAACCGGAGUCGUGCAAUCACAGCAACAGCCCUUCCCUGGUCACGGUGGGCUACACCUCCGUGUCCAGUACGACUCCAGAUUCCAACCUCUCAGUGGACAGCUCAACCAUGGUGGAAGCUGCCCCGCCAAUCCCAAAGAGUCGAGGGAGGAAGAGGGCCGCUCAGCAAACCCCUGACAUGACUGGUCCCUCGAGUAAACAAGCAAAAGUUACCUACAGCUGUAUUUACUGCAACAAGCAAUUAUUUUCAAGUCUUGCAGUUCUGCAGAUUCACCUGAAAACUAUGCACUUAGAUAAGCCAGAACAGGCCCAUAUUUGUCAGUAUUGCUUGGAGGUCCUGCCCUCACUCUAUAACCUAAAUGAACAUCUUAAGCAAGUGCAUGAAGCUCAGGACCCAGGUCUGAUUGUUUCUGCCAUGCCUGCCAUUGUCUACCAGUGUAACUUCUGUUCCGAAGUUGUCAACGACCUCAACACUCUUCAGGAACACAUCCGAUGUUCUCAUGGAUUUGCAAAUCCCGCAGCUAAAGAUAGUAAUGCAUUCUUUUGUCCCCAUUGCUAUAUGGGAUUUCUCACUGACUCUUCCCUCGAAGAGCAUAUUAGACAGGUUCAUUGCGACCUCAGUGGCUCCCGAUUUGGGUCUCCAGUGCUUGGGACUCCCAAAGAACCAGUAGUAGAAGUCUAUUCUUGUUCCUAUUGUACUAAUUCACCAAUAUUCAACAGCGUUCUUAAGCUGAACAAACAUAUCAAAGAGAAUCAUAAAAACAUUCCCUUGGCCCUGAAUUAUAUCCACAAUGGGAAGAAAUCCAGGGCCUUAAGCCCCCUAUCUCCUGUGGCCAUAGAGCAGACAUCUCUUAAGAUGAUGCAGGCAGUAGGAGGUGCACCUGCACGUCCAGCUGGAGAAUAUAUCUGUAAUCAGUGUGGUGCUAAGUACACAUCCCUAGACAGCUUUCAGACUCACCUAAAAACUCAUCUCGACACUGUGCUUCCAAAAUUGACCUGUCCUCAGUGCAACAAGGAAUUCCCCAACCAAGAAUCCUUGCUGAAGCAUGUUACCAUUCACUUUAUGAUCACCUCAACGUAUUACAUCUGUGAAAGUUGUGACAAGCAAUUCACAUCAGUGGAUGACCUUCAGAAACACCUGCUGGACAUGCACACCUUUGUCUUCUUUCGCUGCACCCUCUGUCAGGAAGUUUUUGACUCGAAAGUCUCCAUUCAGCUCCACUUGGCUGUGAAGCACAGUAACGAAAAGAAAGUCUAUAGGUGCACAUCUUGCAACUGGGACUUCCGCAAUGAGACUGACUUGCAGCUCCAUGUGAAACACAACCACCUGGAAAACCAAGGGAAAGUGCAUAAGUGCAUUUUCUGCGGUGAGUCCUUUGGCACCGAGGUGGAGCUGCAAUGCCACAUCACCACUCACAGUAAGAAGUACAACUGCAAGUUCUGUAGCAAAGCCUUCCAUGCGAUCAUUUUGUUAGAAAAACACUUGCGAGAAAAACAUUGUGUGUUCGAAACCAAGACACCCAACUGUGGAACAAAUGGAGCUUCUGAGCAAGUGCAGAAAGAGGAAGUGGAGCUGCAGACUUUGCUGACCAACAGCCAGGAGUCCCACAACAGUCACGAUGGGAGCGAAGAAGACGUCGACACCUCUGAGCCUAUGUACGGCUGCGACAUUUGUGGGGCAGCCUACACUAUGGAAACUUUGCUGCAGAAUCACCAGCUCCGAGACCACAACAUCAGACCUGGAGAAAGUGCCAUCGUGAAAAAGAAAGCUGAGCUCAUUAAAGGGAAUUACAAGUGCAAUGUGUGCUCUCGAACCUUCUUCUCCGAAAAUGGCCUCCGUGAACAUAUGCAGACCCACUUAGGCCCUGUGAAACACUACAUGUGCCCUAUUUGUGGAGAGCGGUUUCCCUCCCUUUUAACUCUUACUGAACACAAAGUCACGCAUAGUAAGAGUCUUGAUACUGGAAACUGCCGGAUUUGCAAGAUGCCUCUCCAGAGUGAAGAGGAGUUUUUAGAGCAUUGCCAGAUGCACCCUGACUUGAGGAAUUCCCUGACGGGCUUUCGCUGUGUGGUGUGCAUGCAGACAGUGACCUCCACCUUGGAACUCAAAAUCCAUGGGACAUUCCACAUGCAAAAGACAGGGAAUGGGUCUGCAGUUCAGACCACAGGGCGCGGCCAGCACGUCCAAAAACUGUACAAGUGCGCAUCUUGCCUCAAAGAAUUCCGUUCCAAGCAAGAUCUGGUGAAACUUGACAUCAACGGCCUGCCAUAUGGUCUGUGUGCUGGCUGCGUGAAUCUCAGUAAGAGCGCCAGCCCAGGCAUUAACGUCCCUCCCGGCACGAACAGACCAGGCUUGGGCCAGAAUGAGAAUCUGAGUGCCAUCGAGGGGAAAGGCAAGGUGGGGGGACUGAAGACGCGCUGCUCUAGCUGCAACGUUAAGUUUGAGUCUGAAAGUGAACUCCAGAACCACAUCCAAACCGUCCACCGAGAGCUCGUGCCAGACAGCAACAGCACACAGUUGAAAACGCCCCAAGUAUCACCAAUGCCCAGAAUCAGUCCCUCCCAGUCGGAUGAGAAGAAGACCUAUCAAUGCAUCAAGUGUCAGAUGGUUUUCUACAAUGAAUGGGAUAUUCAGGUUCAUGUUGCAAAUCACAUGAUUGACGAAGGACUGAACCAUGAAUGCAAACUCUGCAGCCAGACCUUUGACUCUCCUGCCAAACUCCAGUGCCACCUGAUAGAGCACAGCUUCGAAGGGAUGGGAGGCACCUUCAAGUGUCCAGUCUGCUUUACAGUAUUUGUUCAAGCAAACAAGUUGCAGCAGCAUAUUUUCUCUGCCCAUGGACAAGAAGACAAGAUCUAUGACUGUACACAAUGUCCACAGAAGUUUUUCUUCCAAACAGAGCUGCAGAAUCAUACAAUGACCCAACACAGCAGUUAGUGCAAGUACAGUCUCUCAAGGAGAAUUGCUUUUGUGGCACAAAAAGGGAACAUGUUUUACUCUUUGCACGAAACUUUCAUUGUUAAUGUAUAUUAUUCAGAAACAUUGUAUUGUACCAUAAAACUUGUAUUAUCAAAACUGUUGGAUGUUCAUGUGUUUGAACUUUUGCGCACCGGAUAGACCCCUUGUAUAUAAAGUGUUGCACAUGUAUUAUGUCGUCUAAUACUAAAAUGGUCUUAUAAAGACAAGUGGACUUGGGCCCUAUUCAGGCAAGAUUAAAAAAAAAAAAAAAAAAAAAAAAAAAAAAAAAAAAAAAAA